AUGCCCAAUUUUACGGUAUCACCGUUGCCAGCCGACACCAGUUGGAACUCUCCCUACAGUGUUCCUAUCCAGGUUAUCGUAUGGCUUAUCAUCAUUGUUCUUAGUCUGGAGACUAUAAUCGGAAAUGCAAUGGUUAUUGUGGCAUACAGAAUUGAAAGAAAUAUCAGUAAACAGGUUAGCAACAGGUAUAUUGUAUCGUUAGCGAUUUCUGAUUUGAUCAUUGGCAUAGAAGGAUUUCCGUUUUUCACAGUAUACGUUCUAAAUGGCGAAAGAUGGCCUUUGGGAUGGGUAGCCUGUCAGACGUGGCUGUUUUUAGACUAUACACUUUGCUUAGUGUCAAUUUUAACAGUCUUACUUAUCACGGCGGAUAGAUAUCUUUCUGUUUGCCACACUGCGAAGUACCUAAAGUGGCAGAGUCCGACCAAAACGCAACUUUUGAUUGUCAUGUCUUGGCUGCUGCCUGCAAUUAUCUUUGGUAUCAUGAUCUAUGGCUGGCAAGCUAUGACGGGACAAUCGAAUAGCAUGUCCGGUACCGAAUGCUCAGCGCCAUUUUUGAGCAAUCCAUAUGUCAAUAUGGGCAUGUAUGUGGCAUACUAUUGGACGACUUUGGUAGCCAUGCUCAUUCUUUAUAAGGGUAUUCAUCAAGCAGCUAAAAAUCUAGAGAAGAAAGCAACAGCGAAAGAGAGAAGACAUAUUGCGCUGAUUCUGAGUCAACGUCUGGGAACGCAGGUCGGUGUCUCUUUGAUGCUUCAGUCCAAGGCAGAGAAGGAGAAAGCCGAGGAAGCUCAAAAAGAUAGUGGAUACACUAGCAACCAGGCUGGGGAUGCCAAUAAUCAACGGCGUUUCGGCUUCUCGGAGCCCGAAACUAGCCAAUUCCGAGUUGAUCCUAACUCGCAUAACAAUCUAAAUGUAGAGGGCUCGAUGAACACCGACAAUGAUCAAAACCUCGGAGUCAUUGAAGAAGAAAGAAGUGGAUUUCUCUCUCGAAGAGAAAGCGGCGAAAGCUACUAUCCAGGACCGCAUCCGACGGCUGCCAAUUCUCGAAGAUGUAGUGAAAUGGAGAAAAGUUCACUGUUGAGUGAAAGUGAAGGAAUUCCAGCUACACGACCAAUUAGGUCGUAUGGAAGACUUUCGUUAAGAUCUCGAUAUAGUGGGUCUGGCAGUAUAACGACUACACAUGAGGAAGAGAAAGAACUUGAAAAAGCAGAUAGUCUACAAAAACUGUUUGCCGACGAUGAGCUCGGCUCAGUGCUCAAUUUCAAAGAUGAGAAACUCAAGAAUACGGAUUCUAAUAAUGAUAGUGAUACCACUUCCGUGAUUUUGCAGAGAAGUCGAAAAUAUAAAAAGAAUAAGCGACCACGAUCCAGUCGACGAUCGGAGCAUUCGACGCCAGGUCGAAUUGCAAAGGUGAAGCAGACUGAAGCGGCGGCAGCACAGUUGAUCGAAGAGCCUGUACAGGAAGACGACCAGCCGGAGACUAUUGAAGUGAAACGAACCGACCGAUGGGUCGUUUCGAUGAAAAAGAGAAUUGCACGAGCGUUAAUCCGUCGACGAAGUACCAGAAAAGAACGAGGAAGUAGCAGCAACAGCGAUGACUCUUCCUCUGAAGUCGAAGGCGAGGAGAAGCCGGAAAACCGUAACAACAGCCUCAAGGUCCCUCAGCUCACUGUGAACAAUAACGCUGGUGGAGGUGAAACAUCUGCACAGCCAGAACGUGACCGUCUUGCACCACCCAACAAGACGGAUACGUUCUUAAGCGCUUCUGGAGUCUCCAGAAAAAUUUCGACGAUUUCUACGGUCAUCACUCGCGAGAAAGUGAUCUCAUCCAUCUUUGCACCAAUCGCUGUGUUUAAUCGGGGAAGAAAACAAACGAAAGCGGAGAAAAGAGCGCAUAAAGCUUUCAGAACUAUCACAUUCAUCGUGGGUUUCUUUGCAAUUUUAUGGUCCCCAUACUACAUUAUGGCAACAGUGUAUGGAUUCUGCAAAGGAGAAUGCAUUCCAUCUUUCCUCUACACCUUGUCAUAUUAUAUGUGCUAUUUGAAUAGUAGUGGAAAUCCGUUUGCCUAUGCUCUUGCGAAUCGUCAAUUCCGAUCGGCAUUUAUGAGAAUGUUCCGUGGAAACUUUAACAAAGUCGCUUAA